ACACUCAAUAGAUCAAGAACAUUUCUGCAACAACUGAAGAAAGUGACGGAAAAAUGGAGCUACCUUGUUUUAUUCUCCCGUUCCCCUUGACACCAAGUGAAGAGCGGAACGAUAAGCUGACUUGCUCGCACUGCCGGAACUUCGCAGUGUGACACCCAGCGGAAGUAAACAGAGGACGCGCUAGCAGCGUUAGCUCUGUGGAUGUGUGAUGGCAGCUUGAAGACGGUGGUGUGGUCGUAACUCAGCUAAAUAUUCCAGCUGUAACGAAGCAGCGAUGUCUUCUCUUCAGUAUCUGAGAGAGUUCGUCAACGAGCGACUAACUGCUGCUGCUGAAGAAAUAUUCGGAGUCUUUGAGAAAACCGUCGUCCAGUACGAGGAAGAGGUCGGUCGUCAGCGCAGACUGCUGGAUAUCGUUUUAAAACCUGGAAUUAAGUUACACAGGACAGAGCUCCCACAGCAACAUGUCUGCCAGGACGAGGAGGUUCUCACUGACCAGCAGCUCUGGAACCAGGAGAGAAACUCCUGUCUGGACCAGGACGACCCAGAACCACUACAGAUUAAAGAGGAACAGGAGGAAAUCUGCACCAGUCAGGAGGGAGAGCAGCUUGUACUGAAGCUUGAGACUGAUACCUUUAUGUUGACUCUUGAUCAUGAGGAAAGUGACCACAGUGAACCAGAAAGUAACCACCAGCUCCUCUCUCACACCUCUCCUGUAGCCGAGAGCCAAGAUCAGACAGGAAGUCAACAUGUGGACUCAGGCUCAACUACCGAUGCAGACUCAAAGCCACAUGAGAGACAUCACAAAACCAAGAGUCUCAGUGACAAUGAACACAACUCUCCCAUGUCAAAGACUGAGUCUAAAACUCACAAACGUGAAAAGUCUUUCAAAUGUGACACUUGUGGAAAAGCAUUUGAUUAUAGGUACAAAUUGAACAAACAUAUGAAAAUCCACACAGGUGAGAAACCGUGUGUGUGCAAAACAUGUGGGAAGAGUUUCCGAAGUAGAACAGGUUUUUUUAAACACAUAAGAACUCACACGGGUGAGCUCCCUUUCCCCUGCAGCAACUGUGGGAAAAGAUUUAUUGAUAUGUUAACACUGAAAAAGCAUAUGACAACUCACACAGGUGAGAGGCCAUAUUCUUGUGAAACAUGUGGCAAAAGUUUUGUACGUAGUACUGUCUUGAAGGUCCACGUUAGAACUCACACAGGUGAGAAGCCAUUUUGUUGUGAAACCUGUGGGAAAAGAUUUAGUGACAGUUCAUCAUAUAAAAUUCAUAUGAGAAUGCAUACAGGUGAGAAGCCAUAUUCUUGUGAAACAUGUGGGAAAGGGUUUGUAUCUAGUGGUGACUUGAAAGUCCACAUAAGAACUCAUACAGGUGAGAAGCCGUACCCCUGCAACACCUGUGGGAAAAGAUGUAUUGACAAGUCUACAUUGAAAAAACAUAAAAGAGUUCACACAGGUGAGAAGCCACACUCCUGCAACACCUGUGGGAAAAGAUUCAUUGACAAGUCUGGAUUAAAAAGGCAUAUGACAACUCACACAGGUGAGAAACCAUAUCCUUGCAAAAUAUGUGGGAAAAAUUUUGUACGUAGCAGUGUCUUGAAAGUCCACCUAAGAACUCACACAGGUGAAAAGCCAUAUUCUUGUGAAGAAUGUGGGAAAAGUUUUGUAUGUAGUAGUACCUUGAAAGUCCACAUGAGAAGUCACACGGGUGACAGGCCAUACACCUGCGGCUCCUGUGGGAAAAGAUUUUGUCAUUUGUCAGCCUUGAAAAAGCAUGCAAGAAUUCACACUGGUUAAAAGUCGUAUAUUUACAAAACACAUAGGGGAUCUUUCAGAGAUUAAAAAAAAAAAAAAACUUUUAUAAUUACCCUGAUCAUCAUUGGGUGAGCUCCAGUCAGUUGCUAAUGAUUGAGCAUGUGCUGGUAUGAGCAAGCAUUCUGAACUUUGGCCAAACACUGAUGGUCAGCCUGGGAAAGAAAUUCAGCCAUGUUAUGACACUUGAAUAGUGCCAAUUUAAGGAUUCUCAGGAGAAGCAGAGGGUGCAGUCUAACCCUCUGUUUCUGCCAGUCUGUGUGGAGUUUUGAAUGGAAUUAUUUGAGACUGCAGACAAGUGACUGGCAGCAACAUAACUGAGUGCAUGGAAGGAACAAUGUACAGGUGGUUGCAUGACACCCUGGAUUUAUAUGCUUGAACAUGUAUGUGGCACAGUAUCUUACUUUAACGUAUUACAUUGCCAACAAUAAACUACCUUCAUUUGUUCCCUUUUA